AUGUUCUCAUACAAUAACAUACAAAUAAUACCCAGAAUACUACGAUGUUCACAUCUAGCAUCUAACUCAACAACACUACGGCAUUUUGCCACUACACUCCCGAGAUCAAUAGCAACAAAACCAUCACAAUUCAAAAAACACAAAGAUUCAUUUGAUGAUCUUUUCAUCUACAAAACCUUAUCAUCAACAAAAUAUCAAGAUGACGAAUUAAUAAAAUGCACAAUUUUCAAUGAAAAUGGAGAUAUGAUUCAUCAUGGUAAAGAAAUUGCCAAAUCAAAAUUCAUGAAACAAUAUAACUUAGUACCUCGAGAUUUUAGAAAAAUUUCAAAACAUACUGCAGUACUGGGGAAUAAGAAUCCGAGUUUAAUGAUGCAUAAUAUUGAAUUAGUACCGAGUUUAGUUACUAGAAGGAAUUGUAUUAUGUUGAACUUGUCAAAUGUGAGAGCAUUAAUUAAUAAAGAUAAAGUUACAUUAUUUGAUUCUAAUUCAUUUUCUAGAAGUGAAAGUCAUACUCAACUGCAGUUUCUCAAGGAACUCGGAGAUAAACUUAAAACAAAAGAUGAAUCACAUACUCAUGAUGAAUAUUACGAGUUUAAAGCCUUAGAGGCAAUAUUAAUUCAUGUUAUUGCAAAUUUAACAACAGAAAUGAAAGUUCACAAGACUAUAGUAACAAAUGUACUAAAUGGACUAGAUGAAAGUAUAGAAAGAUUUAAAUUACGUUAUUUAUUAAUCCAACUGAAAAAAUUAGCGCAAUUUCAACAAAAAGUAACAUUAAUCCGAGAUUUACUCGAGGAUGUGCUAGAAAGAGAUGAUGAAUUGAAUGACUUGUACUUAACCGAUAAAAGAACCGGUACAAAUCAUGCAGAAGUGGAAAUGUUAUUAGAAUCUUAUUACAAGACUGCUGAUGAAAUCGUACAAACUGUUGAAAAUUUAAGAUCUCAAAUUAAAACUACUGAAGAAAUCAUCAAUAUUGUUUUAGAUUCAAAUAGAAAUGAAUUAAUGUUAUUGGGUUUAAAAUUUUCUACCGGAUUAUUAUCAAUGGGUAUAGCAUUAUAUUUCGCUGCGUUAUACGGUAUGAAUUUAGAAAAUUUUAUAGAAGAAUCAAAUGGUGGAUUUGAAUUUGUUGUUACAUUAUCUUUGUUGUCAUUAGCUGGUUUAUUAUUCAUUAGUGUUAAACAAUUAAGAAAAGUUGAAAAAAUUACAAUGACUAAUUUCAAAGGUGGUAGAAAUAGAUAA